AUGGCUACAAUAGCCUUGGCCAAAAGCUGUAGCAGGCUUCUACACGCUUCGACGAGCAGAGCUGGAGUGGUGGGAGCGGGAGGAAGAGUUGCUGGAGGUCUGGGAGUUCGCUCGGAUGUGGUCGACAGGUAUAGCGUUAUUCGAAGGUUCUUCAGGGAGAAUGUGGCCAGAGGGAUGCAUACAUCUGCAUCUGGGGUUGGUUCGGGAUUGCGGUUAGGUGUAGUGGAAGGGAGCGCGUUUGGGAGGUGCAGGUUGUCGGUUCAGGCGUCGUGGACUGCCGGGAGGUUUGGAAGACUCCACAGCGUUCGCGGGUUUGCAUCGACCACGACGUUGUGGAAGGACGUGAAGGAUGAAGGUCCGACUUGUCGACAGUGUUCAAAGCCAGUGAAUGGGUCGCACGACCAUACACAUACGGCGUCUGGAUCACCACCGCCCCGGUCAACAGAGUCUCCAGAGCAGCAGCCAGUCCAGCACCAACAUGACCACAGCCUUGAAGAAUACCCAGCCUUCUUUCGACGUCUAGCCAUGUCCUUGCCGCAUGUCCACCGACCUACAAGAGAAGACUUUUUGAAUGUCGCAACCAGCUUUUGGCAGCGGCUUCGUAUACGCUUCAAAUGGUUCACUAUCAAGUCUUUCCGCAAGUUCAACGCAGAUGACAUUUCGGCGUUUAUCACUUGGUUUUUGAUGAGCCAGACGUUAUGGAUUUUGGUUGGAACGACAACCUUUUUCUCAGUUAUCUUCGCCAUUGCCAAUAGUCUGCAACUCCAACACUAUAUCGCACGCGCCAUCAGCGACUACCUAACCUCCGAAACUGGAGUAACAAUCAUCUUCGAAUCCGCCAUCGUUCCCAAAUGGAAAGACUCGCGCAUAUCCUUCAAGAACGUCUACGUCUCUCGUCGGCCUGCCGACUCCGACAUUGGGAGUCCCCUAGGAACUCCCCCGAAUGAAGAAAGGUCGAGAAACAUGGCGGGUGUUGGAUACGAUGUCGGGAACCAUCCUGCGUACCACCGCGUAGGGGAGGAGGAUGAGGACAACGCGGAUGGGUUCAGACCUUUGGAGGAUGAGGAUUACAACUACACGAUGUUUGAUUUGACGAUUGAUUCGGUUGACGUGACAUUGUCUUUGUGGAGGUGGUUGGACGGGAAGGGGUUGGUGGAGGACGCUGUGAUCAAGGGUGUGAGGGGCGUUGUUGACCGCAGAAACGUUUUCUGGGACCCAGACAACCCCCUUGACCCAGCAGCUUUCCGACACAAAUACCAACCCGGCGAUUUCGAGCUCGAACGACUCCAAUUGGAAGACGUGCUGGUGACCGUGUACCAGCCGGGCGAAUUCAGACCUUAUACUGCGUCCAUCUUCCGAGCGGAUAUCAGGACGUUCCGGAAGAGGUGGUUGUUCUACGAUUUCCUGGCUGCGGAGAAUGUCGUUGGGCAGUUCGAUAAUUGCUUGUUCAGUUUGCAUAAACCACAGAGCAUUGGACGGACGACGGAGAAGGAUUUGGAGCAUGGAGAUUGGGGUAUGAUGACCCGUAUACGCAUCGACGGCGUCAACAUUGACCACCUCCAAAACUCGACGACAAUGGAAGGUCCCAUCUCCUGGAUAACCUCCGGCAAAGUAGACGCAGUCCUCGACAUUAAAUUCCCUCGCGACCCGCAAGACGGUCUCGCACUCAACGCCAUCCUCGAAGAAAUUGCCGACGCCAUCACCACCUCCCUCACCAACAGUCAGGAAACCGAAGACACGCGUCGAAUCCCUGGUAACCGCGAAUUGGCUAAGCCACCCAUAUCGCCGCCUAGUCUGGAGCUAUUGGAGAGCGUUGCCAAAGAGGAUGAGAAGCGGAAGGUGGUGGUUGAUAUAGAUUUGAGGUUUAGGGAUUUGAAGGCUGCGGUGCCGAUCUUUACGUCGGAUUUGUCGUAUGUGAAUAAUGCGUUGAUUAGGCCUAUCGUGGCUUUCAUGAACGCUAAUCGGACGCUGGUCCCCAUUCACUGUCGGAUCGUGAAAGACCUCAGCGACUUUGACGGCUCAUGGACGAUGUGGGAGACUGGUCUAAUCGACGAAAUCUCUCUUAAUGUCUAUGAAGCCAUGGCUCAUCACGUCUCCCAAUCCGCCAUGAACCGACAACGAAUGAAGACCGUGAGCUGGUGGAGUCUACAAAUGACAGCCAGCGCGAUCAUCUCUGCACUACGCACCAUGGUCGACCCUGUUUCUGCGCAACUCAAAGAGGUAUAUGCUGCUUCUCAGUCUAUGCCUGCACGUUAUAACGACCUUUACAUCGUUCCCGACGUCUAG